GCGCGGGGGCCGGGCCGGGGCGGGGCGCGCCCACUCGGCUCCAGCGCGCGCGGGCCCAGGCCGCGGGGCUCCAGCCGAGCAGUGGCCGCCGCAGCGCGCAGGGCCCCGCCGUGCAUGGACACGCGGCCCGUGGGCCGCCGCUGAGCCCGCCGGCCCGGCUCGGGAGGCGCGGGGCUGGGCUGGCCGCGGGAGGUGGCCGCCCGGAGCGCCAUGGCCCACUCCCCGGUGCAGGCGGGCCUGCCCGGCAUGCAGAACCUGAAAGCGGACCCGGAGGAGCUCUUCACGAAGCUGGAGAAGAUCGGGAAGGGCUCCUUCGGGGAGGUGUUCAAAGGCAUCGACAAUCGGAGUCAGAAGGUGGUCGCCAUCAAAAUCAUCGACCUGGAGGAGGCCGAGGACGAGAUCGAGGACAUCCAGCAGGAGAUCACGGUGCUGAGUCAGUGCGACAGCCCCUAUGUCACCAAAUACUACGGCUCCUACCUGAAGGACACGAAGCUGUGGAUCAUAAUGGAGUACCUGGGCGGAGGCUCGGCGCUCGACCUGUUAGAGCCGGGCCCCUUGGAUGAGACGCAGAUCGCCACCAUCCUACGAGAGAUCCUGAAGGGGCUGGACUACCUGCAUUCGGAGAAGAAGAUCCACAGGGACAUCAAGGCGGCCAACGUGCUGCUGUCGGAGCACGGCGAGGUGAAGCUGGCCGAUUUCGGCGUGGCCGGCCAGCUGACGGACACGCAGAUCAAGAGGAACACCUUCGUGGGCACACCGUUUUGGAUGGCGCCUGAGGUCAUCAAGCAGUCAGCCUACGACUCCAAGGCCGACAUCUGGUCCCUGGGCAUCACUGCCAUCGAGCUGGCCAAGGGGGAGCCACCGCACUCGGAGCUGCACCCCAUGAAGGUCCUGUUCCUCAUCCCCAAGAACAACCCGCCGACGCUGGAGGGCAGCUACAGCAGGCUCCUGAAGGACUUUGUGGAGGCCUGCCUCAACAAGGAGCCCAGCUUCAGACCCACCGCCAAGGAGCUGCUGAAGCACAAGUUCAUCCUGCGCAACGCGAAGAAGACCUCCUACCUGACGGAGCUCAUCGACCGCUACAAGCGCUGGAAGGCGGAGCAGAGCCACGAGGACUCCAGCUCGGAGGACUCGGACACGGAGACGGACGCGGAUGGCCAGGCCUCGGGGGGCAGCGACUCCGGGGACUGGAUCUUCACCAUCCGAGAGAAGGACCCCAAGAACCUGGAGAACGGGGCGCUGCAGCCCUCGGACCUGGAGCGGGGUCAGGUGAAGGAUGUCCCCAAGCGGCCUUUCUCGCAGUGCUUGUCCACCAUCAUCUCCCCGCUCUUCGCGGAGCUGAAGGAGAAGAGCGAGGCGUGCGGGGGGAACUUGGGGUCCAUCGAGGAGCUGCGGGGGGCCAUCUACCUGGCCGAGGAGGCCUGUCCCGGCAUCUCGGACACAAUGGUGUCCACGCUGGUCCAGCGGCUGCAGAGGUACUCUCUCAGCGGCGGCGGACCGUCAUCCCACUGAAGUCCAGUUGGCAUUUGGGGGUUUUGUUUUUUUCCCUUUUCUCCUCCUCCUCCUCCUCUUCUGUUCAAGCCAACCAGAGCCUUUGCCGAUGCUGAGAAGGGGCACCUCCGAGGUGGGGGGUCGCCCUGCCGGCCCCGGGGGACACACACAGUGCUUGCUUCCUCCCCCUUACCCCCCCCACCGUCUAAAACGGGGUGGGGGGCCCCUUCGGCGAUGGCUUCCAUUCGUUUCUCUUCAUUUCGGAUUUUUAACCAUCUUGCACAUAUCACGGAGAAGUGUCUUUGCAAACAAAAGCAAACCCUGAAAUGUAUAUUUGGGAUCACAAGGCAAACUGAAGAAAUGAAACCUCAGGUAUCCUGCUUUAAGGGGGGACUCCCGCCCCUGCCCCGGGCUGGAGGUCAUGCCGGUGGAUCUGUGUACAGAUUUGUAUAUAUAUAAGCCUCAUUUUUACCGAAACCCUGUGGGCGCACAUCAAGAAUCACUGUGUACAAAAAAAAAAAAAACACACAAACAAACAAAAAAAAAAGGUGGCCUAGUGCUUCUGUAGAUAAUGUCCGUGGAGUAAAUAUUUGACAGGCCAACGCUUGAGUCUCUUGCCUUGCCUUUAUUACCUGUAAAUUUUUGAAUUCUGUGACCAGUGAUUGGGGUUUUAUUUUGUAUCUGCAGGGUUUGCCAUUAAUAAUAAUUAAUGCCCCUCUUAGGGAAUUUGUACCUCAACCGGAACGCCCCACCCCGCGUCUGGCCCCGCCCCCGCGUCUGGCCCCGCCCCGCCCCUUGGCUACACUGUAGCCAGCUCCUCCUCGCAGAUGGUACUAUUUCCUAGUGUUUUCAAUGGGAACCUCUGCCGCCUCCAGAAGCUUUAAGUGAUUCUCUCCAGUUUCUCCCGGAGGCCGCGCCCUCGUCUUCCCCUUUGUUCUGGAAUCGUGCCACGGGGCCUCGCCACCCUGACGCCACGUAGCAUCUCCCCCACCCACCCUCCGCCCCGCCCCAAUCUGUCUGAAUGCUCACCACGAAUAAAUUUUAUAACACGC